AUGUGUCGAUGUUCUUUUGACAGCAAAGAGUACAUCUGCAAAACUUGCCAUGCUAAAUUACUUAAAGAUCAACAACUUUGUCAAGCUGUGGAAAACAAUUUAUUUGUUGAUGAAACCCCCACUGAACUUGCUGCAUUAGAGAAACUUGAACAAAUUCUUGCUGCCCAGAGAAUAGUCUUUGAAAAAAUUGUAAUAAUGCCGAGAGGACAACAAAGAAAAAUUAAAGGUGCAAUAUGUAAUGUACCAGUUGAAUGUAGUCAAACAUGCAAUGUUCUUCCCAGACCACCUGACAGAUCUGGAAUAAUUUUACUGAAAUUAAAAAGGAAACUUCAAUUUAGAGGUCAUGUUUACUUCCAAGCAGUUCGUCCUCAGUUUGUAAUUAGUGCAUUAAACUGGCUUAUAGCAAACAAUCCUUUGUAUACAAACAUUGAAAUUCGGUGUGACAACAUUAGCCCAGACUUGAUUAAUUUGAACUGCCCUGUUACCAAUCAAGAAAAUAUUGAUAAUCCAUUGCAUAGCGAACUGCUUGAUGAAGAUGCUGGAGAACAAGAUGAUCCAUUAAAUGAACACCGUUCAGCUGCAAGUGAAACCUGUCUUCAGUCCAUCUUCCAAAUUAUCCUGUUACCAAAGACAAUACAAACUGUGGUAAUUCAACUGGUAGAGAAAUUUUCAACAUUGCACCAGGUGAAGGUAAACACCCAGUGUCAUCAAUGACUGAUAAACUUUGCGAGGAACUUUCAUUUCCAGUACUCUUUCCAAAGGGACGAUUUGGGUACACCUCUGAACGAGACAUAAAAUUAUCUCCAAUAAAAUACUUCAAUGCUCGCCUCUUACAUUAUAGUGGGAAAUUUGCAACGAAUCCAAAGUAUCUAUUCUUUGCACAAUUCAUUAUGGAACAGAGAAAGAUCUCUGAUAGUGUAAAUAUCGCUCUUAAAAAAAUACGUGGUCAGUCACUCACAGCAUCACAAGUAAAAUCAAACAGUCAAGCUUUUCAAAAUCUUGUUUUGCAAGAUCAGGCAUAUUUCAGAUAAUUGCAAGAACAAGAGGCAACAACAUAACAGAUGAAGAAUUAGAGGCUCUGUCCUAUCAUGAGCAAUGCUUAAUGUUAAAUUUAAAUCCAGUUAUUGUAGCUAAACAUUUCCAGUAUCGAGUUGAAACAUUUUUUAGGGAUGUUUUGCUCACAAAUGCAAACCCAAUUGGUAGGAUAGUAUAUUAUGCACACCGUAUCGAAUUUCAAAUGAGAGGUUCACCAUAUUUGCACGCCUUAGUAUGGACAUCUGAUUGCCCAGAAUUAACAAAUGAUACAAAAGAUGCAUAGAUAGAUUACAUUGACCAACAUGUACAAGCAUACCUCCCAGACAAAGAAACAGAUCCUCAACUUUAUGACUUGGUAAAAACAUACCAGACACAUAAUCACAGUAAAACCUGUAGAAAGUAUAAAAAUGUUGCAUGCAGAUUUAACUUUGGACAGUUUUUUACUGACAGAACAAUUGUUGCUGAACCUUUGGCUGAAGAUAUAGAUGAUGAGAUUAAAUCCAAUAUUCUAACCAGACGAAAGGAAAUUUUGUCUAAAGUUAAACAAAAAAUUGACGAUGUGUUAAACCCAAGCAAACCUACUUAUGACCCACAUGCAACUCCAACUUACAUUCUAAUUGAUAUAGAUAUUACAGAGCAAGAUUAUCAAUGGGCUAUGUCAAUAUCCCCAGACUCUGGCUAUGAACUGCACCUCAAAAGACCAAUAGACAGUUGUUUUAUCAACAAUUAUUUUAUUGCUGGGUUAAAAGGAUUUGCCGCAAAUGUUGACUUGCAACCAGUGUUUAAUCAUUACAAGUGCAUCACAUACGUUUGUUCUUACUUUACAAAGGAUGAAACUGAAUGUUCUCAAGCCAUCAUAAAUGCAGCAAAAGAGGCUAAAGAAGCCAACUUAAAUGUAAGAGAUGGACUAAGAAAAAUAGGUGCAGCUUUUCUCUCUACUCGUGAAGUCAGUGCUCAAGAUUGCGUUUACAGAUGCAUGCCUGAACUCUGGUUAAGAAAAAUAUUCCCGAAAACUCUCUUUGUUAACACGGAUUUUGCUGAAAAUCGCGUUAGAUUUGCGAAGAAACAACAAGAACUUGAUGAGUUAGAUGAUAGUACUGACAUUUUUAAGUCUAACAUUGUUGUCCGUUACAUUGACAGGCCGAAAAAGAUUCGUAUCGUUAAUGAUAUGUGUUUAGCUUUUAUUUGCUGCGCACUAUUUCAAAGAUUACAAAAGUGA